CCGAAUUUAUACAACUGUGGUAAGUAUGUCUAGCCUUUUGGGUACCUGGCAUGGAGAACAGAACGAGAUGUGGGUUCCAGGGCAAUCAACCAUGCUACAAGUAUUGGUUUCUAUACAAGCUCUUAUUCUGAAUGCCACACCUUUCUUUAACGAACCUGGGUAUGAACGUGUUCAUGUUGGGGCGGAAGGUGAGAGGAAGUGCAGGAAGUACAACGAGGAAGUUAUUCUAUCAUUAAAGACCAUGAUCUACACACUAAGAAAACCACCGAAGCAUUUUGAGGACUUUGUUACCGGUCAUUUCCGCACCGUGCACUUGACAUCCUUGUGCGUGUCAAGCGUAUAAAGACGGUGCUUGAUAGGCUCUGUUGAGGUUAAAGAUGGUGU